AUGGCUCCGUCGGCAAUCGAUACCGAGACCCCUACGGUGACCAAAGGUCCGGCUCGUGAGCCUCUCAAGCUCUCGGGGGCACUUGAAGCGUACGAAUACUUUGAUGUCACUCCCGUCAUUGGUCGAGAGUUCCCUACGGCCAAACUGGACGAAUGGCUGAAUGCCCCCAACUCCGACGAGCUUUUGAGAGAUCUGGCCAUCACUAUCUCCCAGCGUGGCGUCGUAUUCUUCCGUGCCCAGGAUGGCCUGACCAACGAGACGCAGAAGAAUCUCAUCCUGAGACUCGGUGAGCUGACCGGACGGCCUGCCACCUCGGGGCUCCAUAUUCAUCCCAUCCUCAACUCCGAGCGUGAACUGGGAGGUGAUGACCUCGAGAUCAGCACCAUCAGCUCGAUCCAGAAUAAGAAGUUUUAUUCCAAGGUUGCCCCAGAGACGCUCAGCGCGAAAAAGCAGAACAGUGGUCAAUGGCAUAGCGAUAUUGCAUUCGAACCUGUGCCAGCUGAUUACACGUCCCUCCGCUUGAUUGAGCUUCCCACCACUGGUGGAGACACCCUCUGGGCAUCGGGAUACGAAAUCUACGACCGCAUCAGCGAGCCGUACCAGAAGUUCCUCGAGGGUCUUACGGCCACCUUCGAGCAGCCUGGAUUCCAGAAGGUGGCCGAGGCGUCUGGUUUCAAGCUUUACGACAAGCCACGAGGCGCCCCUGAGAGCGUCGGCACCGAGCUUAAGGCAGUUCACCCCGUCGUGCGUACCAAUCCCGUCACCGGCUGGAAGAGCAUUUUCCCCGUGGGUGGCCAUGUCAAACACAUCAACGGCUUGACCCAGGAGGAGAGCUCGAGGCUCCUCGAAUGGUUUCUAGACCUGAUCUACAAAAACCACGACCUGCAGGUCCGGUUUAAGUGGAAAAACCCCAACGACAUCGCAUCGGUAGCCAUCUGGGACAACCGGUCCGUGUUCCAUACCGCUACCUUUGACUAUUUGGACGGGAACUAUGGUGAACGCUUUGGAAACCGAGCGGUCGGCCUAGGCGAACGGCCGUACCUAGACCCUAAUAGCACUUCGAGGAGGGCUACGCUCAGCAAGACCUAA